GUUAUCAUUCCUUUCUGGUAUUUAUAUGCCGUGAGUAAAUGUAUAUGGAUUGAAAAGAGCAUCGAACGAGGUGUUUCCUGACAGAAAUUGCGUCGAAUUAUAAUUAUAAACUAAUUAAACUUUAGUGGCAUAAUGGAUAUCAUAAAAGGUUUUGUAAUAAUUCAGGCAAUGUUCAGUGGAAUUUGCACAGAAUCCUUUGAAGACCAUCUUUUCAAAAACUACACUACCCUUGCAAAACCUCGACGAAAUCAGAGCGAACUUGUGGAAGUAAACGUUUCAAUGGUUAUCAAAACUGUUCUCAAAGUGGACGAACGAUUCCAAUUUAUCUCAUUUUAUGGAUGGUUUAAUGUCCAGUGGAAGGACGAAUUUCUGACAUGGGAUGCCAAUAAACAACCGGGGAUCAAAAGAAUCAACGUUCCUUAUAAAAAAGUUUGGAGACCAGAUAUAUCCUUGUAUUAUUCUGAAGAACAUAUCCAUGACCUUGGAGCCCAUCCUUUUGUUUCCAUCACUUCUCAAGGUCAUGUGACAUGGUUUCCAGGAGCUAAGUAUACAGUGCAAUGUCAUCUGCUUGUGAAAAAGUUUCCAUUUGAUGAACAAAAAUGUAGCAUGGUAGUUGGAGCAUGGCAGACGACCGACUGGAUGCAGAAGGUUAUUCCGCGUGCAAGAUCAGAGAACGAUGUUGAAGAGAUCACAGAAAACGGAGAAUGGGAGUUCAAAAGAUUUACUCACACUGUAAUCCAUAACUCUGAGUUUGAUUUAACUCAGAUUGUUUACACACUGGAAUUCCGAAGAAGGUACCAAUAUUUCAUACUGAGCACGGUUAUGCCUGUUAUUAUUCUGGCUUUGAUGAAUUCUCUGACAUUUUUAAUUCCUGUAGCAUCAGGCGAGAGAAUGGCGUACUGUUUGACUCUAUUUCUAACAUUUACUGUAUUUCUGACCUUAUUUGAUCAAACAAUGCCUCGAAAUUCCACGGAUGUUCCUUAUAUAACUGUUUUUGUUGCGUUCCAUCUGUUUCUUUGCGCGAUUUCUACUACAGUUUCUCUCAUAACAAUCAAAUUGAACACUGAACCUGAAACUAAAAUUUUGCCAACAGCUUCAUCCGAAAGUGCCGUUGAAUUCCUACCCUCUAAUGCUGAGUUUGGAAACAACAACAAUAAAUUGAUUACUAGCAACAGUAAGGAUAGACUAAAGUGUGCAUCAGCAAAAUAUUUCUGCAGAGCUGUUUUUCUUCGCAAAAUUGACUCCAUUAUGCUUAUAAUGACUUUUUUAAUUCUUGGUUUAUCUACAUUUGUUUUGAUCAUUUGUUAUUUAUCUUAG